CGCGUUUCUAAAUCUCUUUCUUGGCCCUUCCGCCGCCCCGUAGCAGGAGCAGCUUCCCUAGCUAUGGCGCUGCGUUUGUUGCUCCGAACCCUGCGCGCCUCCUGCCUCGCCGCUCCGCCUAUUGGUCGGCAGAUCCCCCUUUGCUCGCCAGCGCCCCUGGCGGCCGGGCGAGGAACGGCCAGCUGUAGGGCGUUCCGAGAACGCUGCCUUCUAUUGGCGGAACCUCAGAGGCCGGCGAUGGAGGGCGAAGCGGGAGAGGAGGAGCCGCCUGUCCUGCCUGCGACCAGCGGGCAGACCGAUGGAAAGCAAAUUGUGCAACGGAAGAAAAAGCAAAGAAGAAAACAGAGAAAGAAAUCAGACUGUCUUGAUGAUUCUUUUGACUGUUUGAUCAUGGAAAUGCCAUUUGCAGAAGUAGAUAUUGAGGAGGAAUUUAGCACCACAAGCACAAUUAAAACAAAAAAUAAAAAGAAGAGGAAGAGAACUACUGGAAGGGAAAAUGAUGAAGAUGAUUUAAUAAAGAAGAAAAAGAAAGAUCAAGAUCGACCAAAUUAUUUCAUUUCUGUUCCAAUUACAAACCCAAAGAUCUCAGAUGGUAUUCAUGCUCUCCAGGAUACCAUAAUAGAAAAAGAUGGCAGGCUUUCCAAAGCAAUGAUUCAUUAUGGUUCGUUCCAUGUCACUCUCCUGGUGAUGCAUUUGUCUACUGAAGCAGCAAUUGACAAUGCAGUUAGUGCUUUCUUGAAGAGUCAAGGUUUAAUUGAAGAACUGCUGCAAGGAAAGCCUUUGGAUUUAUCUUUUCAAGGAACUGAUCACUUUAGAAAUCAAGUUGGAUUUGUGAAGCUGAUGGAGAGUGAUAAUACAACCACACUUCUAAAGAUAACAGAGAUUGUGAAGAACCUCUUUCAAGAGAAGGGUAUCAUCAUAGGAGAUGAUAAAGCUUUUAAGCCUCACUUGACCUUCAUGAAACUGUCAAAAUCCCCAAAGCUAAGAAAACAGGGAGUGAAAAAAAUUGAUCCACAUUUGUUUGAGAAUUUCAAGAAUCAUCAUUUUGGAGAUGAACCCAUGACGCGUCUAGAUCUUUGCUCCAUGUUGAAAAAAAAGCAAUCUAAUGGCUACUACUACUGUGAAUCCUCUAUCAUAGUAGUUGACAGCAAAUGUUAGGAGCUGAUCUGAACAGAACAAUUAAAAAUGUUUACCUGCCUGCAUCAGAUUUUGAAAAGCUUCAGUGACUACUUCGGCCUUGAAUAACUCUGAUAAUAAAUAGCUUUUGCUGUUGACAGCAGCAGUGGUCACCAGGUGUUAUUGUUGUUAGCAACUUUAUAACUGAAUAGUUGUGUUCAGAAUAUAUAGUAAGACAGUACUGUUAGUAUUCACUAAGUAUUUAUAAGAGGGUUUAACUAAUUCCUUGGGUAUAACUUGAAAAAGCAAACUAUUUUGAAAACAUGUACCCGAGAUCUAAAGAUCGUCCCAGUGAUGUCCCAAAAGGCAGGUGCUGGCAGUAUUAUUAAAUAUAUGAACCACAAUUGUUCAGAGCAUAUAAUUAAAUAAAAACAGAAUUCUGUUAUAAAUACUAAGGAAAGGAGGGAGAGAGAAAGGAGUGUGGCAGCACCUUUAAGAAUCAGCAGUUUUUAUGUCCAAAUGAGCUUUCUUGGAUAUAAACAUGUUAGCUGCUUUGAGUUUCGGUGGAGAGUAGGGUGGGAUAAAAAAUAAAGCAAAUACAUAAGCACACACAGUUUUCCAGGUGCAUUACUAAAUAAUAUAAAGUCUUUAGUCUGCUAUUAGUCUCAUAUAAAGGAGACCUAUUUAAUCAAUUCUUGAAUAGUGAUGUAACAUGUAGGAAAAUAAUGAGCAUAGCUAGAAGAAGUGUGGGUAGAAGAAGGUGCUCUAUGAGAGAGAAAACAGAAUGAAGAAGCAUUUGCCUUAAAAUCUACAAAUGUACAAACAUUAAAACAGAAUUAAAUAUUGGUAGUAAUAAUUCAGUUAAAAUCCAUAAAAACAUAUUCAAAACUAAAUACCACAACAGCCCCUGACUUAAUCUUUAAAACAUUCUUCUUUCAAGGUCAUAGCCAGCACUUUGAAUUGUGCCCUGAACCAAACUGGCAGCUAGUGGAGCUACUGGAGUGAGGUUAUCUGCUUCCUACAGCUAGACCCAGUUAGCCACCUGGCUGUAGCGCUAUGGACCAGCUGAAGUUUCUGAGCAUUCUUCAAAAGCAGUCACACAUAUAGCAUGUCACAGUAAUCCAGACAGAAUGUAACUAGGGCAUGUACCACUGUGACAAGAACGGGCUUUUCAAGGAAUGAGUGCAGUUGGCACACAACUUUUAAUUGUUCAAAGGCCCUCCUGACCACCACUGAUAGCUUGGCCUCCAGGUUCAGAGCAAAGUCCAAGAGGACCCCAAACUGUGAACCUGUGUCUUCAGGGGGAGUGUAAGCCCAUCCAGUUUAAAUCUGGAACCCUAUUCCCUCAUCUGUCUUCUGACUGACCAGGAGAACCUCUGUCUUGUCAGGAUUAAGUUUCAACUUAUUUGCCCUCAUCCAGUCCGUUACUGAUAACAGGCACUGAUUUAGGGUCAGGACGGCUUCCUUGGCUUUAGUUGGGAAAGAGUAAUAGAGUUGGGUGUCAUCUGCAUAGAGGUGAUACCACACUCCAAAACUUCGGAUGACCUCUCCCAGUGGUUUUAUGUAUAUGUUAAACAGCAUGGGGAACAAAAUGGAACCCUGGGGAACCCCACAGGACAAUAGCCAGGGGUGAAAACAAGAGUCUCCCAGUAUCACCUUCUGGGCAUGGCCUUUCAGGAAGAAACGGAGCCACUGUAAAACAGUGUCUUCUAGUCCCAUCCCAGUGAAUUGAAAGCCAUUGAGAGGUCCAGGAGAACCAACAUGAACACACUUCUGUCUAGCUUUCUGUGUAGGUCAUCUACCAAGGUGACUAAAGAUGUCUCUGUUCUAUAGCCAGACUUGAAACCAGAUUGAAAUGGAUCUAGAUCACUGGUUCUUGACCUGUGGGUCCUCAGGUGUUUUGGCCUGCAAUUCCCAGAAAUCCCAGCCAGUUUACCAGCUGCUAGGAUUUCUGGAAGUUGAAGGCCAAAACAUCUGGGCACCCACAGGUUGAGAAGCACUGAUCUAGAUAAUCUGUUUCAUUCAGAAAUCCCUGGAGUUGGGAGGCCACCACAUGCUCCAAAACCUUGCUCAAAAAAAGGAGGUUGGACAAUGGCCAAUACUUGUCCAUUAUCGAGGGGGGUCAGGGAUGGUUCUUUUUUAAUAUGAGUCUCAUAACUGCCUCCUUUAGGCAAGUUGGAAUUCUGCCUAGUUCCAAGGAGCAUUGAACACCACCUUUACUCACUCUGCCAGUCCCCCUCUGGCCUGCCAGUCCCCCUCUGGCCUGUUUGAUCAGCCAAGAAGGGCAAGGAUCUAGAAUACAUGUGGUAGCUCUCACCUCUCCAAAGAUACUGCCCACAUCCUCAGACUGAGAAAUUGAAAGAUAUCCAUCAACACUGGACACCAACAGAAUCCUUAUUCUGUCACACUACCUACUUUAGGUAAAUACACUUGAACUCUGCUGACUGUGGGAUGGGGAACCUGGUCGGGGGAUGGAACCACCAUAGACCACUACAACUCCACUUCCCUAGCCCCCAGGUCUUGCCUGCUGCUAUACAGAGAAUGCUGGUGGGCAGAGCUGAGAGAGAUUUACGCCUCCCUGCCCCCAAAUAUCAUUCAGACAGGUCUCUGUGAUACAAAUCGGGUCAGCAUGUUCAUCCAGCAGUUGUUUUUUCAUUUAUUGACCUGGCAUUCAACAGCAGUAUUUUCAACCUAGGGGACAUAUGUUCUGUAUUUCAAAAAGUAGGGGUGAUAGGGGAGAAUUUGUGCUAUUUUUUGAAUCAUUAGGUCAAAUAUACCCAGAAACAGGUCUAACAUUUGAGGCACCAACAUAUGUUGUCCAGUGUAAUCCUUCUCCCUGCAAAGAGAAAUUGAACUAGCAGCUUUCUUCCCGAUAUUCAC